AUGAUAACAGAUACAAAAGGGUUGAUUGACGCCUUCGCGGGCUUUGAAGAUCCAUCAAUAAACUUCAUCGCCGUUGCAGACGCCAUCAUACCUGCAGUCAUGGAAACAGCUGGCCCCGAAGGAACAAGCAAAAACACAAACCCCCACGCCCCAGAACCAACCCUGGAAUGGGAGACGCGAACCCCAAAACCAAGCCGUUUCAGCAGAUUCAUGCCCGGAGACGCCGGGAGUCAACAACACCAUGACCCUGAACGGGCCCCUGGCGAAACGGCCCUCGCGCACAAGGAGGCAGGACAACCGCAGCCCGGCGCCAGUCGUCUAGACAGGAUCCUGCCGCCGCACAGAAAGUACCUCGGCAUGCGCAGGCGCGUCUUCCUCAUCGUCCUCGCAGCCCUCGUCGCGCUGCUGAUCCUCAUCAUCGGCCUCGCGGCCGGCCUCUCGUCCCGUUCCGGCGGCGGCAGGGGGAAGAUGCCGCUCCCAGAGGACGGCAAGACGUACCAGGGAGAGCUGACGUAUUACAACCCGGGCCUGGGCGCCUGCGGCGAGGACGACAAUGACGACUCCAUGGUGGUUGCUGUCGGGCACGAGCUGUUUGACGAGGCGGGCGGUGGGGAUGCGAAUCCGAACAACAACCGACUCUGCGGCAGGAAGAUCCGGGUGUCUGCCGACGGAGGCGGGGAUUCGAUAGAGUUGACGGUGGUGGACCGCUGCGAGGCCUGCCAGCCGACCGACUUGGACCUGUCGCCUGCUGCCUUCAGAAUGCUUGCUGACGAGAGUCGGGGUCGGAUCAAGGGCGAGUGGCAGUGGGUAUAG